AUGGUUCUUGAAUUAUAUAUUGACUGGAUAUCUCAGCCAUGUCGUGCUGUUGCCAUGUUACUGAUGGAUAAUAACAUUGAACAUCAAGUUCAUGAAAUCGGCAUUAUGAAAGGAGAAACUAGAGGCGCUGCUUAUAAGCAAGUGAAUCCAUCUGGAAAACUUCCUGCGAUUGUUGACGAUGGUUUUCAAUUGGGUGAAUCUCAUACAAUAAUGCGUUAUUUAUGUGCAAGUAGAAAUUUACCUGAUCAUUAUUAUCCAAGCGAUAUUAAACAGCGCGCUAAAGUUGAUUACUGGUUAGAUUGGCACCACACGAAUCUUCGUCAUGGAUCAAUUCGUUUAAUAAGAGCAAAUAUAUUUGGUCCUAUUAGAAACUUAUCUCAACAAACAAUUGAUGAAUUAAGAAAAGAAGGUGAUGAGGUGUUGAAAUCAAGUUUUAGUUUUAUGGACGAAGCUUUGAGUAAGAGUAAUUAUAUUGCCGGUGGAAAUCAACUUUCAAUUGCUGAUAUUGCAUUAGCAUGUGAAGUAGUAACGUUACCAAUUGUAGGAGCUUCAUGCGAAGAUUAUCCAAAUGUACAAGCGUGGCUGAAUAGAAUUUCAACAGAAGUUAAGUCUUGGCAUCAAGCAAAUACGGUGAUGAAUCAAUUUAUUGCAUCAAUGAAGAAAUGA